AUGGUACACGAAACCGAAUAUGAACGUUGUUCUUGUGAUACUAACUACGCUUACAUUUCUUGCUUCAAGCAGCUAUCAAUUAGACUAUGUGUCUUUCCAAUCCCAUUAAUGGUCUCUGAUGACGAUCCUCACUUUCAACAUUGUCCAUCUGAAAAUGGUGUCUAUGCUCAUACGACCAACUGUUCACGCUUUCAUAUGUGUGCACUUGACAUUCAUGCAGUCUAUUCAUGUGUCGAUCGAUUCUUUUUCAAUCCCAUGAGUAGACGGUGUGAAUACGUACCAUUGGAAAAUGAAACAAGAUGCAAAAUUAUCAUUGAUAAAAUGAACGAUAGGAGUGAAUUUCCUGUCCAACAGAUCAGUUUUGAUGAUCAUCGAAAAUCGGCAACGUCGAAAUGCUUUCAAAUUGGAAUCUAUCCUGAUAAACUCGAUUGUUCCUUAUUUCAUUAUUGCCGUGAAGAUCAACGUCAUGAAAUACUGAAAUGUCCAGGUAACCUUCAUUUCGAUCCAAAAGCAUUCAUGUGUAUGGCUCCCGAACUGGUCGAUUGCCAAUACGAGCCAAUCAUGAGAACAGAUGAUGAAAUUAGUAAGAAUGCAGAGGACAUUUGUCGUAAUCAUCCGUCUGGUACUUACCUACCUGUCCUAUAUCACUUUGACAUGUAUAUAAUAUGUGGAAAUGAUGGUCAGAGUGUUGUAAGAAGAUGUGAGUCAGGUUUUAUAUACAAUGCAUUGACAACAGCUUGCGAGAAAGGACCGUGUACGUUUGAUCCAACGUUAUGUCAGAAUAAUGGACAAUGUGUGGAUGAACCAACAGUAGAGAAAGGUUUUCGAUGUGUAUGUGAAGGGCAAUAUCAUGGAGACUAUUGUGAAAAAAUCGUUGAUCAAGAAGAAACUACUGAAAAUACAUAUACAAAAGAAUCUCUCCAACAAAGCUCAAAUCAUCUCAUCACUAAAAGCGAUUCGGAUGAAACAACACACAUUCCUUAUUCUACCAAAACAACUCAUGAUAGUCAGAUGAUCCAGACGAAUCAUACUCAGGAUGUUGUAGAACAAGGUAAAUUAGUAUUCAGUUCAAGUUCGGAACAUUGGAUAAAACUAAUAUUUAUGAUUCUUGUUACUCUUAUUGGUAUUAUUCUACUCGCAUCUAUUCUUUUUGGUAUCAUUACAUUGACUCGGAUGAUACUCUAUUCACCGAUCGAAACUUUUCACGAAUGGAAAUGUUUAGAUGAAGAGUCGAAUAUCUAA